UAGUCAACCACAAAUUUUUUUUUUUUAAUUUUUAGACAAAAUUUUUAAUUUCUAUUUUUUUAUGAUACAACAUACAAAAAUACAUACAAUCCUCAAUUUUCACCCUUCUACGAUCAACCCUUAUUUUUUAAUAGCCAUUUUAGUAAUUUAAUCAUUUUUCCUCUCCGGUCGAAAACUGAUCAAUCGUCAUUUAAUUAGUUAUCCCCGCCAGAUGUCUACAGGUGUCACUUCUGACCCAGUAAACAGCACGGAAUAGGGAUGUUACCUCUACAGUUUUCGGCUAUUAUUAGUGUUUAUGCUUCAAGCGUAGUAGUUAAACAUUUUUAGUUCAUCGCCUUGCAUGUCAGAUGGAAAAAGUACAAAAAAAUUCCCUGAAGAUUUCACUAACGAUACAAUCACAAAUGUCGACGGAUAUCCAAUAUAUCGUCGAAGGAAUCCAGAUAAUGGCGGACAAUCAUUUAUUAUAAACAUCAGCAACACAGACAUUGAUAUUGACAAUCGUUGGGUCGUGCCAUAUUCGCCCCUGCUGAGCAAAACAUACAAUGCUCAUAUUAAUGUUGAGUUUUGCAGUUCUGUGAAGAGCAUCAAAUACAUUUGCAAUUAUGUCCAUAAAGGCAGUGACAUGGCGGUGUUUAGAGUGGAAAAUAUGAAUGUACCAUGGCACACAAACAUUCGCUUGAGGCGUUGAACAGGAUAUUGAAAGAUAUUAAAAAUAACGACAAACUAUUUGGUGGCACUCUGUUAGUCCUUUCAGGUGACUUCAGACAAACACUUCCCGUCAUUCCACGUUCAACAUACGCUGAUGAAAUCAACGCCUGCUUAAAAUCAUCGACAUUGUGGCGUAAUGUUGAAAUAGUACAGCUGAAAGUAAAUAUGCGCGUUCAAAUGCUUCAAGAUCCAUCCGCUGAAACAGUCUCUAAACAACUAUUAGAUAUCGAUGAUGGAAAAGUCACUAUAGCUGAAACUGGAUACAUAAAAUUAGCGAAUGAUUUCUGCACUAUCAUUGAUUCGCAAGAUGCUCUCAUUGAACAAAUAUUUCCCGAUGUACACACGAAUUACAUAAAUCUCGAGUGGCUUGCAGAAAGAGCAAUGUUAGCUGCAAAAAAUGUGGACGUUGACAUUUUAAAUCUGAAGAUACAACAGUUAUUGCCAGGGGACUUGGUAUCAUAUAGAUCUAUUGAUACAGUUUGCGAUGGCACUGAAGCUGUAAAUUUUCCAACAGAGUUUUUGAACUCACUGGAUUUGCCAGGCAUGCCACCACAUAACUUACAAUUGAAGGUUGGAUCUCCAAUUAUUUUGCUUCGUAAUUUGAACCCGCCACGGCUACGCAACGGUACGCGAUUAGUCAUUAAAAAAAUAAUGAAAAAAGUUAUCGAAGGCACCAUUUUAAAUGGCAAGCUUCGAGGUGAAAAUAUAUUGAUACCACGAAUACCUAUUAUACCCACAGAUCAUUAAGAGAUUAAUAUUAUGUAAUGAAUUAAUUAUAUAUAUAAUUAUUACUUUUAAUAAAUUAAAACAAUUAA